GUGCGACCCAAACAGCCACUGCUGAAGGUUUUGCAGGCUGCAGGAGCCCAGGGGGAAACCUUCACACUGAAGGAGGUGAUGCAUUUCCUGGGCCAGUACAUCAUGGUGAGGCAGCUGUAUGACAAGAGGCAGCAGCACAUGGUGCACUGUGGAGGAGAUCAGCUGGGAGAGCUGCUGGGCCUGGAGAGCUUCUCUGUCAAAGAUCCAAGCCCAGUCUAUGACAUGUUGAAAAGGAACCUGACUUCUGCUGCCCUGACAGAUGCUGCAGAGACUCUCCCACAGGAGCAGAGCGUCGAUAGGCCAAGCCGAGACCAGCUGAAGUUUAGCCAGCAAGAAGGAGGUUCUGUGGCUGGGAUCAUGGAGGGUGAGAGCACUGCUGCUGCUUUGUCUACCUCAGAGCAAAAAUGUGAGCAUUGUGAAGACAAAGACCUCUCUAAAAGCAAGAAGCCUAAACUGGACCUGGUGUUUGAGGAGUGGGAUGUAGCAGGCCUGCCCUGGUGGUUUUUAGGCAACCUCAGAAGCAAUUACAAGUCCAGAAGUAAUGGAUCAACAGACAUUCAGACUAACCAGGACAUAGACACUGCCAUUGUUUCAGAUACUACUGAUGACUUGUGGUUCCUCAACGAGUGCCCAGCAGAGCAGAGCAGUGCUGCAGUCAAGGUGGAAGCUGUUGGCUGUGAGGAAGUGAAAGAAGGUGACAAAAAGGUGCCUGAGGAAGAAUGUUUGCAUGACAUUGAGGAUUCUCAGUGCCUGAGUGAUGACACAGACACAGAAGCUGCUUCUGAGGACUGCUGGCAGUGCACCAAAUGCAAGAAGUUCAACUCUCCAGGCAAGAGGUACUGCUACCGCUGCUGGGCCCUGCGCAAGGACUGGUACUCAGACUGCCCCAGGCUGCCUCAUGCCUUUUCUCUCCCUGACAUUGAUGCUAUGCAAAAGAAAAAGGAGGAGGAGGAUGAAGGGAUAGAUGUCCCAGACUGCAGAAGGACCAUUUCAGCUCCAGUUGGCCAACCCAAGGAGCUGUACGUGGUAGAAGCUAAACCCCGUGGGGGUGCCUCCAGCUCUCUGGAGUCGCUGGAUUUGGCACGAGGGUGUGAGAGCAAGGAGGAGGCCCUGCUGCAUUUCCCUCAGCGUAAAAAGGAGGAGGAGGAGGAAAUACAAUCUUUGGAGAGCAUCAAAAAGUUACUCAAUCCUUGCUUCUUGUGCCAGCACAGACCACGGGAUGGGAACAUUGUCCAUGGCAGGACUGCUCACCUUGUGGCCUGCUUCAAGUGUGCGAAGAUGCUGAAGAAAAAGAGAUCUCCUUGCCCAGUGUGCAGGAAAGAGAUCGAGCUGGUGAUCAGGAUCUUCAUGGGGUAGCUGUGCCUC